UGUUUUAUUAUUAGAUCUUCAAUUGUGACGAAACUGGAUUUACAGGAAAAGAGGCACCUAGGUCGAAAGUAAUCGGGCCUCGUGGAGGGCAUUUGUUUAGAAGAAAGACAUCUUCAGGAGAUCACGUGACAGCACAUCUUUGUGUCUCAGCAGAUGGACACUUUCUACCACCUCUUAUAAUUUACAAGGGUUCAUUACCUCACCAGAAUUACACAGAUAGUGUACCGUCGUCAUGGUAUUUUGGCCACAGUGAAAACGGCUACAUGGACGCGUGAACUUUUCACAAAAUGGUUUUUCAGCGUGUUUGUUCCAAACUGUGGCAGAACAAGACCCGUCCUACUUAUCAUGGAUAACCACGACUCUCAUAUUAGCAUUCCAGUUGUUGAAAAGGCGAUAGCUGAAAAUAUUGUUCUUCUUGGUCUUCCUGGUCAUUCCACGCAUAUUCUACAGCCUUUGGACGUGAACAUUAUAUCACCUUUGAAGGACGCUUACACCAAAACACUGUCAAGUCUUGGAUAUCUAAAAACUGCAGUAAGCGUAGGAAGGGCAAAAAUUCCCGGUGUUAUUAAAGCACGCAAUGGACAAAAUUGCUCCUGCAACUAUAGCUGACGGCUUCACGAAAACAGGGAUUUGUCCAUUUAACCCCUCUAUCAUUGAUCAAACGCAGAUAGUGAAGCCAACAUUUAUUGAAGAAGAAGAUGAGGUAAGGACAUGUAGCACCUGUGGAUCGUUCCUUACCAAUCCAUUGGUAAGGAGAGGCAUGAUAUCAGAGUCUUUGGCAAAUGUUCUUCUACCUCCGCCAACUAAACCACAGAACACACAAGCAAAAAAGUCUAGAGUGGUAGCAGAGGGAAGGCUCAUAAGUGGCCAAGAAAUGUUGAAUCAAUUAAAGGAAAAAGAGGACCUAGACGCUAAGAAGAAAGAAGAAUCAGAGAGGAGAAAAAAUGAACAAGAAAGAAAAAGAAAGCAGAAAGAAGUUGAUGAUGAAAUGAGAAAAAAUAAAAGACUGAAAGAGAAGGAAGAAAGGGUAGCUAAAAAGAAGAAAGAAGAAGAACUGAAGAAUGAGAGGAAACAAAAACGUAUAGAGGAACGUGACAGGAAGCAAAAAGAGAAGGAGGAACGGAUAAAAAGAAGGUCAUACACUGAGGAACAGAUCAUGAUUGCAAGCUUGUAUAUAUGUGAUAUUUGUAAAGGGAAGGGUAGCCCGGCUGACGAGGAAAAUGGAGUACUAUGGUUUGGAUGUGAUGAGGAAACGUGUGGUUUAUGGUUCCACGAAGACUGCUUGACGCAACAGGCCAAAGAAUACUUAUGGGAAAGUAUGGAAAUGGAUGAGGUCUGGUAUUGCCACAGUUGUAAACCAUGGUUGUAUGAGGAAUAGAACUUAAAAACAGAAAGUGCCUGUUAUAUACAUGUUAUAUGUUUUACAGGAUAAAGCUCUAUUACUGUAGAAAAAAAAAACCUUUUUAAAGUUCGUUGACUUCACUGUGAUUAUAAUUUAACUGUGAUAGUAUGUAUACUUUUAACAUAUUUUUUAUAUACAUGUAUACUGUAUAUUUUUUGUUUUUGUUCUUUAAAAAAAGUAUUUUUAUGUUUAAUCAUUGUUAUGUAGAUUGUUCUCAAAUGUUGAAAAGGUAAAGUGAAUUUAUAUAUCUAGAUCUAAUGCAGUACGUAAUAUAGAAACAUCAAAUCACCUUUAAUAUGCGUUUGUUGUUAAUUUUUAUUACUCCCGGGCCGGGCCUCAACUUUGACGGAGCUAUUUAUAGCUCAUAUGACGUAAAAAAAACAAGCAGUUGUGCGUAUUGUGUGACAAAAGGGUAGAACAAA